AUGGAGGCCUUUGCAGCCUUCCACGUGGCAUUCUCUCAGUUCCUCCUGGACAAGGGCCAAUCGCUGCUCACCAUCAACCUCUCCCGCUGCUCGCACUACCGCCAGCCAACCUCUCAUGCGGGAAUCAAGGCGGGGAUCAAGGCGGGGGUUAACGGUAUCAAUCUGGGAGCAGGGGGGAAGGGGUCGGCACGGCUUGUGGUGCAGAGGGAGAGUGCGCGGUGCUUUGCUGAGUGCGAGCGGCCACUCCGCCUGCUGGACAAUGCUCUCAUGACUCUUGAGAGAAAUGUGGCUGUCUGUGUGAUUCGGUCGAAACUCUUACCCGCGCGAUUGGCAACAGCAACAGCAACAGCAGAUGGGGGCAGCACGAAUGGCGGAAGUCCGGACGGCAGUGCUGCUGAUGUGGCGCUGCUGUGGGCGGCAGUGGACGGGUUCAAGAAGGCGGUGGUGCUGACGAGAGAGCGCCACGUGGACAUGGAGGCGUAUGCGCUGAGCUGGCUGGGGCAUGUGUAUGACGUGGCACUGCAGAUGGACAACAUUGGUCAUCGUUACCACCAACGGGCUGUGCAGCUUGUGCUCUCCGCAGUACAAUCCCACCCCAAGCUCGCUCUCUCCACCUGGUACUCUGCCUCGGUGCGAGCCAUCAACCGCCACCAGGCCAAGGUGCGGCGGCAGGAGGAGCGGCGGCGCGAGCAGGAGCGCGAACCCCUGCUGGCAAAGAUGAAACCGGAGCUCGAAACCCUCUCAAAGAUGAACGAGAGCGGGUGGAAGCAGCUUCUCACUCACGUGUACAGCAAAUAUCUGCCCAAGAAUGAGAAUCACAAGUGCCCAUCGUUGAAUGUGGACGAUGCGAAGGCGUCGCUGCGAACUGCCAUUCUGCAUUACCAUCCGGAUAAGAACAGCGAGCAUGGCGACAGGUGGAAGAUUCUGUGUGAGGAGAUCACCAAGUGUCUCAACGCCAAAUAUCUCAGCUUCAAGUAG